AUGUUAAACUUCUUCUGGUCUCACCCUCUGCCCACUUUUGCCAGUGUCUGUCAGCUUUCUGCUAUACCUCUGCCUACUUCUGCCACCCUGUGCCAUCUGUUGCCCUCUGCCAACUCCUGUCACCCUCUGGCAACUCCUUCCACCCUCUCCCAACUCCUAUCACACUCUGGCAACUCUUCCACCCUUUGCCAACACCUGUCACCCUCUGACAGCUCACUCUACCCUCUGCCAGCUCCUGCAAGCUUCUGUCAACUCCUUUCACCCUUUGCCAACACCUGUCACCCUCUGGCAACUCCUUCCACCCUUUGCCAACCCUUUAAACCCUCUGACAGCUCACUCUACCCCUCUGCCAGCUCCUGCAAGCUUCUGUCAACUCCUUUCAACCUUCUGUCAACUCCUUCCACCUUUGCCAACUCCUAUCACCUCUGCAACUCCUAUCACACUCUGGCAACUCCUUCUUUGCCAACUCCUACACCUCUCCUGUCUACUCUUCUAGCUCAUGCCACCACCCUACCGUUCUUACCACCACCAGGUCCAUUUCCAACCUUCCCUUCCUGGAAGCACUGGGAAU